ACAAAAGAUACUACUAGGAAGAAAUACUAAUUGUAUUAGAAAAAGAUUUUGAAGAUGAGUGAACAUCAUUUUGUGUUUGUGCACGGUGCAGGGCAUGGAGGAUGGUGUUGGUACAAGCUCGCCAAUUCACUGAGGAAGAAUGGUCAUAAGGCCACUUGCAUCGACCUCAAGGGUGCUGGGAUCAACAUAACUGAUCCAAACACUGUGUCCUCUCUUGAUGACUACAACCAGCCUCUCUAUGACUUCCUCUCCCAACUUCCCCUCGACAAAAAGGUCAUUCUGGUGAGCCACAGCGUUGGAGGAGGGAGCAUGACGGCUGCCAUGUGCCAGUAUCCUUCCAAAGUCUCCAUGGCUGUUUACGUCGCAGCAGCCAUGGUCAAACCUGGUACCGUAAUUCCCCCAGUUCUCAAGGAAGUAUUGAAGAUCUGUUCAGGGCUGAUUGAGUCGGAAGCUGAGAAGAUAUGGGACUUCACUUUUGGAAACGGACCCGAGAACCUCCCAACAAGCAUGAUGAUGAAACCUGAGUAUGUCCAGGACAAGUAUUACAACGAGAGCCCUAUGGAGGAUUACACACUGGCCACCACACUUCUGCGCCCAGCCCCUGUCAUGGCAUUUGCAGGCAUAGUGGAUAUCCCAGCAGCACCAGAGGCUGACAAAAUCCCAAGGGUCUACGUUAAGACAGGCAAGGACCAUAUGUUCCAAUCAAGUCGUCAGGACUUAAUGGUUACCCUCUGGCCUCCUGCUCAAUACUUCCUUCUUCAAGAGAGUGAUCACUCUGCAUUUUUCUCCCAACCUGAAGCUCUCUAUAAAAUCCUCCUUGAAGCAGCCUCAUCUAUCUCUCCCUGAUUUCUCUUUACACAUCUAUCUGGAACUCCUCCAAUUCUAUCUUUUUAAUAGCUAAUUGAAUAAAACUGGAUCAUAUUCAUAUA